CAUCUGCCUUUCCCAUACAGCUGCCGGCAGGAAGACCUUAGGCUUCAUCUGCCUCUGUGCAUCCUUCCUCUUCAGCUUCCCAUUAGCGGGGUUGGUGCCGAAUGCAGCUUUGAUGGGGUAAAGUUUGGAGCAAAAGGGGACUUCGAGUUCUUGAACCGCGUGGGUCCGUUUUAGAGUUUUAGAGUGAGGCGUCCUGUACUUAGUUACUUGGAAUAGUUUGGGUUGACUAGUUUGCAUUACCGUUGUGGCAUUAAUUGAAUAUCAUUGCUAUGCAGGCUAAUGCACACACACAUAUAUUUAAAGGUAGUUUGGUCCAUGAUAAUUUUAAAAAAGAAAAAGAAAUCCCAAAUGUUACAAGCUUUCAAGUUCUGCAGAAUUUUUAAUCAGGCUGGAUAAGCAAGAUAUUUCUAUCCUUCCCAUGCAGAGUUUACAAAUUAAAUAGGUAUGUACUACAGCAAUUAUCAGCAGAAGUUAUAGCAACUGUGGUAUAUGAGCAAAUGUUGUGCCACCUUUGAAAGUACACAAUUGAAACAUCAUUUUAAAAAUACAGACAAAUACAGUUGGUAUUAUACCAUAUCUCUGAAGGAGAAUGUACCCAAGUCAGUCGUUGCUGACUUGUCUCUGGUAGUAAUCAGAGAAUUAUAACUCACUUGGUUGCAUAUACACACUUUGGUGGACAAAGAUUUUUGUUUUACAUUUACAAAAUUGCAUGUAUUUUUCAAAUCCUCAAAGGGAACAGACUGUAUUUUCUUAAUUAUUGCAAAUUCAGCCUAAAAUCUCUUUUGCCUUUGUAGGGGAGUGUUGAAGGCAUAAUUAUACCUAUCAUGGGGUUUCUUCUCCUCCCCUCUCCCCCCAUAAGUAAUACAGUUGGUAGAGUAGUAAAUCAUUUGUGUGGAACAAAAGUGAACAUCAGAACUCUGCAGAUGCUACUACCUUAAUUGAUUUUGCAUGAAAAGCUUCAAGGAACCUCAUAAUACUGAUGCUUUUAAAAUACAUUACCGGUAGGAAGGUCAACUAGUAGUAGUAAAAAAAAAAGGUGAGUUCUACUGUAAGUUAUUUCAUUGGAACUUCAGCUUUGUUCAGCAAUAUUUUAUGAGCUAUUACUUGAAAUCAGAUUUGCUCCCAAUGGGGCUAACAAACCCUCAGUAUUUCUGUGUUUUCCUCUUUUACAUAAGAACCAUGGUCCAAUGUACAUAUGUAAUGCAGAUGCCUUUCUGAAAUUAGGCAGGUUUGGGUCUGUUGUGCUUCGAUGGGAUGCUGCCUUGAUCUUCCUAAAGAAAAUGCAAGAUAUGCAUGUAAUAAAUCAGUGUGAGUAAGCAGAGAUUUUAGCAGGUCAUGAAACGUGUACGCACAGAACAGAUUCAGAUGGCAGUUUCCUGCUACCUCAAACGCAGGCAGUAUGUAGACUCAGAAGGUCCUCUGAAACAAGGGCUUCGCUUAUGCCAGACUGCGGAAGAAAUGGCAGCUAAUCUAACAGUUCAGUCUGAAUCAGGUAGUGCCAACAUUAUCUCUGCUGCACCCUGCCUAGCAGAACCACAACAAUAUGAAGUACAGUUUGGGCGAUUACGCAACUUUCUUACAGAUUCAGAUUCCCAGCACAGCCAUGAAGUGAUGCCUCUUCUGUAUCCCCUCUUUGUCUACCUCCAUCUUAACAUGGUCCAAAAUGGCCUAAAGAGCACAGUGGACAGCUUCUAUAGUCGCUUUCAUGGGAUGUUCUUGCAGAAUGCCAGCCAAAAAGAUAUCAUUGAGCAGCUACAGACCACACUAACGAUUCAAGACAUCCUAUCCAACUUCCAGCUCCGGGCAUUUCUAGACAACAAAUAUGUCAUCCGCCUUCAAGAAGACAGCUACAACUUCCUCCUUCGCUACCUCCAAAGUGACGAUAACAAUGCUCUUUGCAAAGUCCUCUCCUUGCACAUUCACUUAGAUGUGCAGCCAGCCAAGAGGAUGGACUACCAGCUAUAUGGUAGUGGUGGCUCUUCACGCAGUGAGAGCAAUGGCCUGGAGCCCACCGACAUGCCUGCUUCCAUCCUGCAAAACGAGGCAGCCUUGGACAUCUUGCAGGAUAGCAUUAAAAGAGUCAAAGAUGGACCGCCCUCGCUCACCACCAUAUGUUUCUAUGCGUUCUAUAACACUGAACAGUUGCUGAACACUGCAGAGAUCUCGCCAGAUAGCAAGCUGCUUGCAGCUGGCUUUGACAAUUCCUGUGUAAAGCUGUGGAGCUUGCGGUCCAAAAAGCUGAAAUCUGAGCCCCAUCUGGUAGACGUAUCUCGAAUCCGCCUGGCUUGUGAUAUCUUGGAUGAGGAGGGUGAAGAUGAUGAUAACAAUGUGGGAACAGAAAUGAAGAUACUAAGAGGGCACUGCGGACCAGUGUAUAGCACAAGGUUUCUGUCGGACAGUUCAGGACUGCUGUCAUGUUCCGAAGACACAUCCAUCCGAUACUGGGACCUUGGAUGUUUCACAAACACUGUGUUGUACCAAGGGCAUGCCUACCCUGUGUGGGAUCUGGACAUUAGUCCUUGUAGCUUGUACUUUGCCAGCGGCUCCCAUGACCGCACAGGAAGACUCUGGUCAUUUGAUCGGACGUACCCACUGAGGAUAUAUGCAGGCCAUUUGGCAGACGUGGACUGCAUUAAGUUUCACCCCAAUUCUAACUACUUGGCAACAGGAUCCACAGAUAAAACUGUGCGUCUCUGGAGCACACAGCAAGGAAACACAGUGCGCCUGUUUACAGGUCACCGGGGCCCUGUGUUGUCGCUUGCGUUUUCUCCAAAUGGUAAGUACUUGGCUUCAGCAGGGGAAGACCAGCGGUUAAAGCUGUGGGACCUGGCAUCUGGCACGCUUUACAAAGAAUUAAGAGGGCACACGGAUAAUAUCACCAGCCUUACUUUCAGUCCAGACAGUAGCUUGAUUGCUUCUGCAUCAAUGGACAAUUCUGUUCGGGUUUGGGAUAUUCGAAACACUUACUGCAAUGCUCCCGUCGAUGGUUCUUCCAGUGAACUGGUUGGUGUAUAUACUGGACAGAUAAAUAAUGUACUGAGUGUACAGUUCAUGGCCUGUAACCUCCUUUUAGUGACUGGAAUUGCACAAGAAAAUCAGGAACAUUAACCUUUUUUUAAAGAAAAAAAGAAAAAAAAUGGGUGUGUUGUUGAAAUCCAGAGUCUGUUAUAAACUAAGAUUAUAUAUAAUUGACUGUGAAAAAAAUGUUUUCUUUCCCAUUGGUGGACAUGUCCAGAAUGAUGGAAAUACUGUACUUGAAGAUGUAUUGUAUUGUUGCAAAAAACAAAACAAAAAAGAUAGGAAAGGGAGAACAACAGGAGAACUUCACUGCAAGGGCAGGAAGCUAUUUGGGGGGUGGGGGGUGGGAACCAACUACACAUAAUAUUUUUCUGAAGGGAUAGCCAAAACUCAGUCCAAGCAACUCAGAUCAUUGACUUGAAUGUGUUGCAAUUAAUGGGCAUAUCCUGCUUAACUGUUACCGGGAGUUUAUAUGUCUGUCUUUUAGCUGUUCAGCUCCACCUACAUACUUCCCCACCGAAGUUUCUGUGGCACAAGAAUCUUUGCCAUCGUCUUGGAAAGAAAAAUGUAUUUUGUUAUAGGGAUGCUCCCAAAUAUAAGUAACAUUAAAAUAAUGUUUAAAAUAACAUUGAGGCAGGUUUCCAGCUUGCUAAUAUAAAAGGCAUAGUAUUUUUAUUUUUAUCGUUGAAUUAUAAAAACGUGAUUUGAAUGUGACAGUGGCUGCAAAAAAGAUGCAAUUUGGAUUUGGUAUCUUCCAUUAGAUAUAAUGUUUUUAGCUCUUUCUUGAUCAGAAAUUUGUGGGUUUCCCCCCCAAAUCUGGUUGCACUGGUGAUGCAGAAUACUAGAUGGCUGGGGUGAUAACUACUAGCUUGCCUUCCAAAAAGAACUAGCAAAAUAUGGCUGACUUUAUAGUAGCAUGUUUGGACUCCUAAUAGAAAGGGACACAUUUCACUUCACCAAAAAUACUUUCUGCAGAUAAAUAUGGGCAAAGGUGUGCAGACGAUGUGAAAAAAAAGUAGUAUUACUAAAUUAUUAAUUUUGAGAAGAUGCAGCUUUGCCAACUUCCAAUGUUUUCCACUGAUUAAUGAACUAUUAAGUUGUUUCAUGAAGUUUUCAUACAAGUGUGUGCGCAUGCAAAACCUGGGGUUGGAGAAAGCAAACUCUUAAAUUUUGUCAUUCUAAGAAGACUGAAUAUUUCUGCUUUCCGGAAAGAGAUUUUGUAUUUUUGUUUUUUUCUAUUAAAGCAUUUAGUUUAAAGAGGUUUAGUAUCUCUGUGUGGAACUGAAUGGGCUUUAGACUUCCAUAAACAGAUAAAAAGUUUUUACCUUGUGGGUUGCACCUGUCUGCUGCAUGAGCCAGGCAGGUGAGCUCUUCUGCAAGCGCAUGAUACUGAUGUUCUCAGUCCCCUGGGUUUUUACAGAAGCGGUGUCUGUCUACAGGCUCAAGCAUAAUUUAAAUAGCAAACAUUUCAGACCCAUUUCUUAGAAUGUUAAAGCCAAGUUCUCAGUGGACACCAAAAAAAUAGUUACUGGAGUUAAAAUUUCAGCCCAGAGUGUUUCUGUUCCAAAUCAAAUUUUGAUCAAAUGGUCUACAUUUAUUGUAUUUUCUUAUAUAAACAUUUAUGUACCACCUUUCUAGUUCCUAUGCCCUACUCAGGGCAGUUUAGAAGAAUUUAAAAUUGCAGUGCCAUAGGAAAAAAUACUUUCUGUUAAAAUGCGGGGGAGAACCAGAAGCGGAAACCUGAUAAAACACAACCUUUUAACUUGGUGGCGUGCAAACACACAGCCCUAAUCCAAGCUGUGGCCCCUCUAUUUCCAGGCACACUCACCCCAGUUGGUUAGGGGAGCAGCCUUCCUUUUCGUGUCACAUGGAAUGGGCAGGUUUAGACCUCCCUGCCCAGAGUGCCAUAGUAGGGAUAAAAAUUGCUCAGGUCUCAACCAUAGCAGAUCACCCAGCUCUUAACAGUAAGGUUGGUUAGCAGUAUGUUGGUGUUUGCUUUCCUGUUUGGCACUGAGAAACAAGCUGGUUCAAAUCUUGCAAGCCACUACUAACGUUUUAAAAAUAAUUUCCUUGGUUGCUGGCUUUUAGAAAAGAAACAACAAUAUGGACUGUGUCACUUUAUUCACUAUUCUAAUAGAAGGGAUCAUGCAAAAGUUACUGUCAGCAGAAAGGGGAGGGAGGCAUGGGCGUACCCAGCGAGGGGCAGGGGGCAGCUGCCCCCGAAGCAAAAAAAAAAAAUUAGCGUAUUUUAUGGACCAUAACCCACACUUUUUCCCUCCGAAAACUGAAAGGGAAAAGUCGCUGCGGGUUAUGGAAAUUGGGCUGUUUUCGCCCUCUCCGCGGCUGCAGCCAGCGACAGGAACGUGGGAGUGGGGAGGAGCAGCCUGA